UCCUGAGCGGCAGGGGGCGGGGACACCUCCGCCGUCAGUCCUGACGUCAUGACGUCACACGGCUCCAGGCAGUGAAACGGCGCGAGUUUAAAGAGUCUCAGUUGGAAGCAGAGGAUUAGGAGGGAAAAUCAGCAGAUGUCUGACGACAGACGUCAAGUUGGCGCGGUUCCGUCCGCAGGAUGGCGGGAGAGGGAGGGACCGGAGUCCGGUUCUGGAAGCAGUGUGGGACCCCUGCAGGACCUGUCCUGGACCAGCUUGCGGGGGGGCAGUCGGAUCAGGACCAAACGCGGGUCCAGGGGCUGCCUGGUCCAGGGUCUGGUCAACACCCCCCCUCACAAAGUCCAGCUGCUGGUCCACAGGGACAAGGAGAACCCGUUUGUUCUGGCCCGGAGGUCCAGGAGGAGCAGAGAGUCCAGUUCAGGUGUGUCGUGGGAACGUCUCCCUGAAGAACUGCUGCUCAGGAUCUACCUGCACCUGGACCUGCAGGACCUGCUGAGGGUCUGUGUGGUCUGCAGGCGCUGGAACCGCCUGGUCUUUGAUCAAUCCCUGUGGCACAGUGUGGACCUGGAGGGCCUGACCCACACGGGCCCGGCUCUGCAGCAGGUUCUGAAGACCCAGGUCCGCCGGCUGCGUUGUCCUCGAGCUUGUGUUGAAGACCUGCAGCUCACAGGUUCCAGCCCGUUACAGCUAGUGGAACUGGACCUGUCCAGCUCCAUCAUCCCCACAGAGGUUCUGCAGAACAUCCUGCGGCGCUGCAGACAGCUGCAGAACCUGAGCCUGGAGGGUCUGCAGCUGUCUGAUGACAUCAUCAGCUGCCUGAUGAAGAACUCGGACCUGCUGCAGCUGAACCUGAGCAGCUGCUCCAACGUGUCUGCUGCUGCUGUGGGAGACCUGCUGCGGUCCUGCUGCAGCGACCUGGGCAGGACCCUCCCGUCCCUUCGGUUCUUGGACGUCUUCGGUCUGGUCCAGGAGAACCAGCUGGUGUCUCUGAGGAAGGCGAUGCCCCACGUCAGCAUCAACUCCAGACCCUUCUCCUGUGUGGCCCGGCCCACCCCGGCCGGCAGAACCGGAUCGCUCCAACCGGACUGCAGCAUGUGGGAGCGGACGUGUCGGCUCAGGGUCCGGGUCUGACCCGAGCCCCGGUGGGUUUUUAACUUCCUGCAGAACCAUGAGUCUGGAGAGCAGAGGUGUUCAGGGGCUUGGCUCUGCUGGGACCACCAGGUGGAGAUUCUGUUGGGUCAGCUUCAUGUUAAACAGAACCGUUUGGACUGUUCAAUGUUACAAUGAUGUUAAAUUAAAACUUUUUGUAAAGAAUUUUAAAAGUUCUGGAAUAAUGUUUAAACUCUUUUUUUAAAUAAAAUCAGUGAAACUGUU